AUGAAGGCUUUUGCUCAGACGUUGGAGCUGAAGGACGACCCGGCGCUGAUUGCUGAGUACAUUGAGUAUCACAAGCGCGUAUGGCCCGAGGUGCUCUCGGCGAUCCAGGCAAUGGGCAUCACUACCAUGCGCAUCUUCGUGCACGGUAACCGACUGUUCAUGUACGCGGAGGCGCCUGAUGACUUUGACGCUGCCAGGGACUAUCAGAAAUACACUGCAAGUGCGCGUGCUCGUGAGUGGGACGAGCUGAUGAGGAAGUACCAGCAGCGGGUGCCAGCAGCGUCGUCAAACCCUGACGAGUGGUGGUCGCCCAUGCACCUGUUCUUUGAUCUUUCAGAACAGACGCAAGGAAGCUCUUCAUCCACACCAAGCCCUACGUGCAAUCCAUAG